AUUGUCCCCCUUUCCAUUCAACAUACAGAAUCAGCUUAACAAUGCCAAACGGUUCUUCCAUUCUUGAAAACGGCACUAAAGGAGGAGCAGAUGUGGGUGUGGUGGUGGUGAUGCUGCCUCUUCCGGCGCAGGGCCAUCUCAACCAGUUCCUCCACCUCUCCCGCCUCAUCGCCGCCCACGGCAUCCCCGUACACUACGCCGGAGCCGCCACGCACAUCCGCCAGGCCACCCACCGCGUCCACGGCUGGGACCCGCUAGCCGUACCCAACCUUCAUUUUCACCACCUCUCCAUGCCGCAUUUCCAGUCCCCGCCGCCCAAUCCCGACGCUUCCACCAAAUUCCCCACUCAGCUCAUGCCGGUGUUCUUCGCAACCUCGCAUCUCCGUCGCCCCUUCAACGCUCUGAUCCGUAAUCUCUCCGUUGAUCAGAAGAGGGUUGUGGUAAUUUCCGACUCGUUGAUGGGUUGGGUGGUUCAGGACGUGCCUUCGUUGCAGAACGCCGAGCUCUAUCGUUUCCGUUGCAUUUCAGCGUUCACUACCUAUUCCUUCCACUGGGAACGCACCGGAAAACCUGACGUUGGGCCAGAAGCCGCCGGAGUACUGAACCAUAUGCCGUCUCCGGAGGGCUGUUUCAUACCUGAGUUUGAAGAAUUCAUAAAAAUGCAGAGACCGUUUUGGGAUGCAAGUUCCGGAGACCUUCUAAAUUCCUGCCGAGAAAUAGAAGCGCUUUUUAUUGAUCUCAUUGGGAAAGAAUCAAAAACGGGAUUUCAAUGGGCUAUUGGUCCAUUGAACCCGGUUUCUCUCACAGACUCAAUCAAUACUAAUCGUCACAAAUCCCUGGAAUGGCUGGACAGGCAAGAGAAAGACUCUGUUUUGUUCGUAUCUUUCGGAUCCACAACUUCAUUGUCCAAUGAGCAAAUCACGGAGCUCGGCGCCGGGCUGGAAGAGAGCGGGCAGAAAUUCAUUUGGGUGGUGAGAGACGGCGACAGGGGAGACGUUUUCGACGACGGCGAAGCCGCCAGGAGAGCUGAGGUGCCGGAAGGGUACGAGGAAAGAGUACGAGGAAGAGGGGUGGUUGUCCGGGAAUGGGCGCCGCAGUUAGAGAUUCUGGGGCACCCAUCGGUGGGAGGGUUCAUGAGUCACUGCGGGUGGAAUUCGUGUAUGGAGAGCAUUUCAAUGGGAGUCCCCAUCGCGGCGUGGCCGAUGCACUCAGACCAGCCCAGGAACGCCACACUCAUAACGGAGGUGCUGAAAAUGGGGAUAAGUCUGGUGGACUGGGCACGGCGGAACGAACGAGUUGGGCGGAGAGAAAUCGGGGAAGGAGUUAAGAAGCUGAUCGCGUCGGCGGAAGGAGAGGAGAUGAGGCGGAGAGCGGCGGAGUUGAGUCAAAGCUUGAAAGAACCGAUCGCGGUUGGCGGCGGCGGCCGUAACGAGUUGGAAUCCUUCGUAGCUCACAUCACCAGAUAACUUUGUUUAAAUUUAAUUUGGCUCCACAUAGCCAAUCUCAAUAUAUUAUUUAUAUCGUUUACAUGAAUCGAAUUUAAUAUUGUUGUUGCGUUUAAGAUUAUCCUCCAAAAAAUCCCAGAACAUGACCGUUGUCUCUUUGUGUUUAAUUAUAUUACGUUCCUAUUGA